AAUUGAGGGCAAAAAUGACAAUUCUGAUUCAUCAACGCUAAUCAGGAUUUCUGACAAAUGGAAUCUAACCUUUUGGUGUAUCUUUGCAAUUCGCCCUCCCUUAAAUUUUGGAAAUUAGCCGUCGAUCCUUCGCCGCCUUCGAGUUGCUGCUCCUAGAGUCCAGGAGAUGGAUGCUCGCAAAUUGCCUUCUUCUUCCUCUCCAUAUAGGGAUCCGGCGAGGUUCAGGCCUCGCCGGGGCUCCGGUAAUCCGCCGGGUUACUCGAGGAUCCGAAGUGGCGCCGCCGCUAGUAAUUUCAGCCGGAGAAGAGUUGAUCCACGACACAAACCAAAGAAUGAAGAAUACAAAGUAGAUACUCAUGGAGAAGAUCCGGCCGACGUCUCCUUCAUCGUCGGCACUUGCCCUGACAUGUGUCCAGAGCGGGAACGAGCCAACAGAGAACGCCUGCGGGACUUGGCUGUGUUUGAAAGGCUGAAUGGAAACCCUGUGAAAACAUCCAAAGAUCUAGCUGUCAAAAAGUUUUGCAGAACCCUUUCAGCUAUGGAUGUGGAAGCUUCAGAUAUACGGCCACUCUCAGUAUUAGAAGAAACCUUAAUACACCUGCUAAACUUGCUAGAUUCCAGGGAGCACCCUUUCGAAGUGGUUCAUGAUUUCAUCUUCGAUAGGACAAGGUCCAUCAGGCAGGAUCUUAGCAUGCAGAAUAUAGCCAAUGAAAGAGCGAUCUACCUUUAUGAGAAGAUGGUCAAAUUUCAUGUGACAUCUCACCACAGGCUCCGGAGAUGUAGUGGUUCAAGCAUUUCUUCGAUGCAGCACUUGAACAUGGAGCAACUAGUGAAAGCUCUUACCUCCUUAUAUAAUCUGUACGAUGCAAAUAGGAAAACAGAUUACAUUUACGAGAAUGAAGCCGAGUACCGCUCUCUCUACGUGCUUCUUCAUCUUGAUCCCGGCAGCCGAUCUAUGGGGGAGCCCCUGUCUUUGUGGUUUCGUAAUCUGACGUUUGCUUUAGUGAAAUCCAAAGAAAUAUGUUUUGCACGGAAGAUUUUAAGAUUGUUCCGGAUGGGUAAUUACAAGGAUUUCUUGUGUACAAUAGUUUCCGAGGCAACAUACUUGCAGUUAUGUGUCAUGGAGCAUUAUAUUGAUGAGAUGAGAUCCUCGGCCGUGCAAUACAUAAACAGUGUAGGCUACAAGCUUCAACCCUAUCCUCUCCUUCGGCUAUCCGAGCUCUUGAUGAUGAAGGAGUCGGACGUUGAAUCUUUAUGCAAUGCGUGUGGUCUCGAGACAUCUAUUGACGCUGACGGGGUGAAGGUGUUGCCCGCGAAGCAAGCAACGUUCUGUCGUCCAAAGGAUGUAUCUGUUGGGCAUAAAUUGAUCGGAUUUGAACGGACCGAGAGGUAAUCGUAAGGGGUUUUUUUUUGUUGUUUCUUGGUUCUCUGUGUUCGCAAUCCUUCGCUUCGGAAAUCUCCCACUUAUGGCUCGUGGUUGUGCUUAUAAAGAUAAAACCUUUGUCUCUUAUUAUAUCUACAAGCAAUAUUCUGCUGUUUCAUUUCAA